GGCGGGCUACAGCCUGCGGCGCGGGCAGGGCGCUAGUGGGGCGCGCGGCGCGCGCGCGGGGCGGGGGCGCGCGGAGGGGGGGCUGCCCCGGGGCGGCCCCCCCAGGUCGGGGCGCGGCGGACGGCGGCGGCGGGCGCGCGUCCCGUCCAGGUCCGGAGUAACCGCCGCCGCCGCCGCCAAAGCUCGCCAACAUGGCGGACCUGGAGGCCGUGCUGGCCGAUGUCAGUUACCUGAUGGCCAUGGAGAAGAGCAAGGCGACCCCGGCCGCCCGCGCCAGCAAGAGGAUCGUCCUGCCGGAGCCCAGUAUCCGGAGUGUGAUGCAGAAGUAUCUUGCAGAGAGAAAUGAAAUAACCUUUGACAAGAUAUUCAAUCAGAAAAUUGGUUUCUUGCUAUUUAAAGAUUUUUGUUUGAAUGAAAUUAAUGAAGCUGUACCUCAGGUGAAGUUUUAUGAAGAGAUAAAAGAAUAUGAAAAACUUGAUAAUGAGGAAGACCGCCUUUGCAGAAGUCGACAAAUUUAUGAUGCCUACAUCAUGAAGGAACUUCUUUCCUGUUCACAUCCUUUCUCAAAGCAAGCUGUAGAACACGUACAAAGUCAUUUAUCCAAGAAACAAGUGACAUCAACUCUUUUUCAGCCAUACAUAGAAGAAAUUUGUGAAAGCCUUCGAGGUGACAUUUUUCAAAAAUUUAUGGAAAGUGACAAGUUCACUAGAUUUUGUCAGUGGAAAAACGUUGAAUUAAAUAUCCAUUUGACCAUGAAUGAGUUCAGUGUGCAUAGGAUUAUUGGACGAGGAGGAUUCGGGGAAGUUUAUGGUUGCAGGAAAGCAGAUACUGGAAAAAUGUAUGCAAUGAAAUGCUUAGAUAAGAAGAGGAUCAAAAUGAAACAAGGAGAAACAUUAGCCUUAAAUGAAAGAAUCAUGUUGUCUCUUGUCAGCACAGGAGACUGUCCUUUCAUUGUAUGUAUGACCUAUGCCUUCCAUACCCCAGAUAAACUCUGCUUCAUCCUGGAUCUGAUGAACGGGGGCGAUUUGCACUACCACCUUUCACAACAUGGCGUGUUCUCUGAGAAGGAGAUGCGGUUUUAUGCCACUGAAAUCAUUCUGGGUCUGGAACACAUGCACAAUCGGUUUGUUGUCUACAGAGAUUUGAAGCCAGCAAAUAUUCUCUUGGAUGAACAUGGACACGCAAGGAUAUCAGAUCUUGGUCUUGCCUGCGAUUUUUCCAAAAAGAAGCCUCAUGCAAGCGUUGGCACCCAUGGGUACAUGGCUCCCGAGGUGCUGCAGAAGGGGACGGCCUAUGACAGCAGUGCCGACUGGUUCUCCCUGGGCUGCAUGCUUUUCAAACUUCUGAGAGGUCACAGCCCUUUCAGACAGCAUAAAACCAAAGACAAGCAUGAAAUUGACCGAAUGACACUCACCGUGAAUGUGGAACUUCCAGACACCUUCUCUCCUGAACUGAAGUCCCUUUUGGAGGGCUUGCUUCAGCGAGACGUUAGCAAGCGGCUGGGCUGUCAUGGAGGCGGCUCACAGGAAGUAAAAGAGCACAGCUUUUUCAAAGGUGUUGACUGGCAGCAUGUCUACUUACAAAAGUACCCACCACCCUUGAUUCCUCCCCGGGGAGAAGUCAAUGCUGCUGAUGCCUUUGAUAUUGGCUCAUUUGAUGAAGAGGAUACCAAAGGGAUUAAGCUACUUGAUUGCGACCAAGAACUCUACAAGAACUUCCCUUUGGUCAUCUCUGAACGCUGGCAGCAAGAAGUAACGGAAACAGUUUAUGAAGCAGUAAAUGCAGACACGGAUAAAAUUGAGGCCAGGAAGAGAGCUAAAAAUAAGCAACUUGGCCACGAAGAAGAUUAUGCUCUGGGGAAGGACUGUAUUAUGCACGGGUACAUGCUGAAACUGGGAAACCCAUUUCUGACUCAGUGGCAGCGUCGCUAUUUUUACCUCUUUCCAAAUAGACUUGAAUGGAGAGGAGAGGGAGAGUCCCGGCAAAAUUUACUGACAAUGGAACAGAUUCUCUCUGUGGAAGAAACUCAAAUUAAAGACAAAAAAUGCAUUUUGUUCAGAAUAAAAGGAGGGAAGCAAUUUGUCUUGCAAUGUGAGAGUGAUCCAGAGUUUGUGCAGUGGAAGAAAGAGUUGAACGAAACCUUUAAGGAGGCCCAGCGGCUGUUGCGUCGCGCCCCGAAGUUCCUCAACAAACCUCGGUCGGGCACUGUGGAGCUCCCGAAGCCAUCCCUCUGUCACAGAAACAGCAACGGCCUCUAGCACCCAGGAACAGGGAGGGUCCUCGCGGAGGACACACCAGGGUCUCAGCCUUUUGGGGUGAACGAGGAUGAGGCAUCUGAUCUAUUCGCUACCGGGACUCCUCCAGGCUCCCGAGAGGAGUCGGGACCCUUCGGCUCGGGGUCAGCUCAGCUCCCUGCCUUGUCACACUUGUCCACAUUCAAAACUACUGAAGAAAUAAAAGUUCUUUUUUUUUGCUACACACUUUGAUACCUAUGAACCUAGAACUUGAAGUGACUCCUACUUAUCACGUAAAUUUUUAUGUCUGAUAUCAAACAUCUUAGACUUUCCAGGAUGGAAUUUAAAGAUGUUCAGUGUUGGGUAACAGAUUGCCCUAAGCAUUGCCACAUUUUCUGUCUAGUCACUGCUGAUUUUCUAUGUCUUUGCUCCAUACUGCUGGGGGAUGGGAGAGCCACAGUGUGUUUCUUUUGUGCACUUCACAACUGACUUCUUGUCCUGGGGUUAAAAGUUGAAGAUAUUUUUUGACAAUAUUUAAAGUUGAAGAUAUUUCUGCACUUGGGUCCUCCUCUGGGAGCCGCACUCACAUGACUUCCCUGCCUCUGACCAGUCUGUUCCGGGGCCGGCCCCCUCAGCCAGGUGGGAAUGAUGGACACGUACUCUCCAAGUGUAUGGGAUUAACAGAUCAUUGAAGGCAUUCAUCCGUCCAUCAUUGGAAAGAUUUACAGUGAUUCUGAAGGACAGGCCGUGGAGUUUUAGGUUUCAGGGGCAAGAGCAGUUUUCAAAAGUCUUUGAGUCCGGUGUGCGCGAGUCGACAAGCAGUACCUGGUGUGCAGGAGCACUCGUGGGUGAGUCCGUCUCGGGUCUCGACAAUUAGCAGUUGUGUGACAGUCAUUCUGGUUCCUUCUGCCUGACCCUGGGAGACAUAUCAGUAAUGGAUGUACAAAACCAGGUCUGUUUUACAUCUUAGUAUAAUUUAAGAUGAAUUGUAUUGAAAAAAUGCUGAGGAAUGAAUGUGUCAAAAUGGGUUAACUGUGUAUAUUGACUUUCAUGUCAUCAUCCAUCUGUCAUGAAUGAAUGAUACUUUGCACUGGGCUGUACGACAGUGAGGUCCUUAGGGCAUGAAGCCUUUUUCCUGGUCCCAGGAGCAUCUGCCCUGUGAAGUUUGUUUUCUCCCACUGCCUCCAGGCCCCACUGAUACCCCCAAAUAGAUGCUGGGUUAUGAGAACCAGCGAAGUCCCCCACGUCAUCAGUCUUAAAAAAAAAUAAUUUUACAAAUCCACGUAUUUGUCCCAUUCUUGGAGUAGUUUUAGUGUAUGUCUUUAAAUUAACUACUAACAAUAUAAAUAACUUGACAUCAUAAUUGUCUGCAUCCUGUCCUUGAUAUUUUUAGCAGUUCCAAAUCUUUGUUUGCUGUGUUCAUGGGCAAAGUAAGUACUUUUUAAUGCAGUUAUUUUGAGAGUUUGGAAGAUAAAUUACCAAAAGGGUCCAUUAUUUCAUAAGAGUUACUUUGCAAAAAAAAAAUGUGGGGUUUUUUUGUCUAUCUCAACCACUAGUUGGGGUUUAAAUUAACAUACAUUUUCUACUCUCUGUUAUUUCCAGUGUGGGAGGAGGGAUGUACUACUUAUAUGCAUUCUCCUUAUUUAAAAAGGAAGAAUAGUAUUCAAAUUCUGUUUAAACACACACACACACACACACACACACACACACACACACACACACACCCCAGAAGCAGAAAAGCCAUUGUUCCUAAAGAGUGACCGUCUUCCCAGCCCUGGUUAAUUCUAGCUGUGACUGAUGCCAUUCCUGUCUGCCUCUCAAGCUCAUAGGUUCUCAGCAUGUGCAGUUGAGGAUGCGCUGGGCCUCAUGCCUGUUCUAGAUCUCCAGGAUAAAGGGCCUGCUGUUGACUCCACCAGGGUCUUGGCUUAGCGUCUAAUAUCUCGUACCUAGGGCGUGAGCUGCACAAACGUGUUCAGAAAGAUUAUUCAACUUUCCCAUACUUGCUCUAAAAUUGAGCUGAUCCGCAUCUCUUUCAAAAACUAGAAUUUCUGCUCUAAGAAUGGAACAUAAGGCUCCUCUCCCUUUUAGAAAAGAUAUAUGAAUUGGAAAAUGCCCUGAAAGUCCUUUUGCUUCAAACAAAAGUGUAAAUUUUUACACUUCCCCAACUCACAUUUGAUUUCUAAUGAUAUGGUUGGGAAGUACAUCUAGAUGUCAUUUAUUAAAAGUACUUUGUUAGACUA